AUGGUCGCGCCGAUCUGCGCCAACGGGCUGAAGCUCACGGUGCGCUUCCUGUCGUCGCUGUCGACGUCGAAAAAGCACGGGCGCAUCGACGGCUACAACAAGCUGCAGGAGGGCGACGACGCGGGCGAGCGGAACACGGAGUACGCGGCCCUCGUCGACUCCUACUACGACCUGGCGACGGAGUUCUACGAGUGGGGCUGGGGCGCGUGCUUCCACUUCGCGGACCGCCGGGGCGGCGAGACGUUCGCGCAGAGCCUGCUGCGCCACGAGUACUACCUCGCGAGCCGCCUCGCCGUCUCCGCCGGCGCCAAGGUGCUCGACUGCGGCUGCGGCAUCGGCGGGCCCAUGCGCAACAUCGCGCGGUUCACGCGCGCGCAGGUCACGGGCAUCACGAUCAACCAGUUCCAGGUCGACCGCGGCAACGCGCUCUGCGCGUCCGAGGGCGUCGCCCACCUCGCCAAGAGCGUCCAGGGCGACUUCAUGGCGCUGCCCUUCCCCGAGGCGUCCUUCGACGGCGUCUACGCCAUCGAGGCGACGUGCCACGCGCCGGACCGCGCCAAGUGCUACGGCGAGAUCUACCGCGUGCUCAAGCCCGGCGCGACCUUCGCGUGCUACGAGUGGUGCCUCACGGACGCCUACGACGGCUCCGAGCGCCACAAGAAGCUCAAGAAGGACAUCGAGGUCGGCGACGGGUUGCCGGACCUCUGCCACACGUCCGUGUGCACCGCGGCGCUCGAGGCCGCGGGCUUCGACGUCGUCGAGGCGCGCGACUGCGCCGCGGACGGCAUGCUCGACGGCGGCGACCCCUGGCACAUGCCCCUGGUGCCGUCGUGGCACCCGCUCAAGUGGCCCCGCUUCCAGUUCAACCCCGUCAUGUACUUCCUCAUGCCCAAGAUCCUCUCCUUCUUCGAACUCAUCCGCCUCGUCCCCGCGGGCACGUCCAAGACGCAGGUCAUGCUCCAGGCCGGCGGCGUCGGCUGCGCCGAGGGCGGCAUCACGGGCGCCUUCACGCCCAUGUGGCUCAUGGUCGCGAAGAAGCCCCUGAAGUAG